UAGAGUAAAAGGAGUCAAUUUCAUGCCUAGGAGAGGCUCGAUGGCCAUUGCAGAACACUGUCCUUGACUCUUUCCCUCUCUCGGAGGAUGAGGCGACCCACCUUCCAUCCAAGGCACUGCAGGAAUCUGAGUGAGGGCCUCCAGUCCUUCCGCCCAUUUGGGGAGAGAAUAAAGAAGCUGAGGUUGUCUCCUUCUUACUCAUUGGCAGUUACAGCCUCGCAGCCACCACAACCUCAGCUUCCAGCGUGGACACAGAGAAGGGAAACACAAGUCCAUUUUCGUGAAGUCCACCUACAGUCACUAUGUGUGAGGACUUCCCCAAGUCCACUGAGGACUAUUAUUUCCUCUGUGACACAGAGGGGCCAUGGCGCAUUGUCCUGGAGUGCCUGGCAAUCAUUGGCAUUGUGGUUACAGUUAUUCUGCUCUUGGCACUUCUCUUCCUCAUGUGUAAGGUUCAAGACUGUGGCCAAUGGAAUGUCCUCCCCACCCAGAUCCUCUUCCUCCUGGGUGUGCUGGGGCUCUUUGGCCUUGCUUUUGCCUUCAUCAUGCCGUUCAAUCAGCAAACUGCUCCUGUACGCUACUUCUUCUUUGGGGUUCUCUUUGCUCUCUGUUUUGCAUGCCUCUUGGCUCAUGCCUCCAACCUGGUGAAAUUGGUCCGGGGCGGCGUCUCCUUCUCUUGGACCACAAUUCUGUGCAUUGCUGUUGGUUGUAGCCUGUUGCAGACCAUCAUUGCCAUUGAGUAUGUGACUCUCAUAAUGACGAGAGGUAUGAUGUUUGUGCACAUGACGCCCUGCCAGCUCAAUGUGGAUUUUGUUGUGCUCCUGGUCUACGUCCUUCUCCUGAUGGCCCUCACAUUCUUCGUCUCCAAAGCCACCUUUUGUGGCCCAUGUGAGAACUGGAAGCAGCAUGGAAGGCUCAUCUUCAUUACUAUGCUCAUCUCCAUCAUCAUCUGGGUGGUGUGGAUUUCCAUGCUCAUGAGGGGCAACCCGCAGCUCCAGCGGCAGCCCCAGUGGGAUGACCCUGUCAUCUGCAUUGCUCUGGUCACCAAUGCCUGGGUUUUCCUGCUGCUGUACAUCAUCCCCGAGCUCUGCAUUCUCUACAGAUCCUGGAAACAAGAUUGUGCUUUACCAGGCAACACCUGCUCGGUGCCGGCCUACCAAUGCGGCUUCAGAGCAGAGAACCAGGAACUCUCAAAAGCCCGAGACAGUGAUGGAGCUCAGGAGGAUGUAGCAUUAACUUCAUAUUCAGCUGCAGUAAAGGCAAGGCAGGCCUUCCGCUUCUGCCUAAGUCCCCUCCCCAUCCCCAUGGCCACUGCCAUCAACAAUAUAUGUGCUCUCAUGCAGACUGUUGACUCCACACAAGAGUAUCUCAUCCCAUGGGCUAAACUAGGCCUCCAGCAAGAUGCGGCAUUCUGAAGUCCACAGGAUAUGGGAGCAGUGAAGAACUGGAUGACCAUCCUAAUGCAGCCCUGCUGGGCCUCUGGGGAGCCCACAGAGUCACACUGCCAACAA